GGCUUUUACGCUGGCUAUGAACCACAUUGAAUGUUCUCGUGGUUGCCUCUCCUCCAGGCCUCCUUCUCGGUCGUACUGAGUGCGCGUGGCGUUAUGGGAGAGCUUCUUCCGUAUAACUAAAGAGGCAGUCCAGAUGAAAUAUUUCCUUUUUUAUUGUUUCAGCUGACCUGGAAGAGGAAUAUUUUACUCUUGAGGAAAUCAAACAAAAAGUUGAAAACCAAAAGUUCGGUUGGAAGUCAAAAUUUAAAGGAGGAUUAGAAAAAAUAGAAGUUGAACACAUUGAAGAGAGUCUGGAAUCCCGUGCAGCUAAAGAAGAAGUAAGAUACGACUUCACCUUCUACACUCCUACUUGUCGAUAUGUUCGUGUCAAGGUAUGGCUUACCGAGAAAGAUGGUGGCGAACAGGAAGGCGACGGAGCAAGUUCAAUGGCGUUCUCUCGCAGUGCACCCUUCAGUGUUAUGAAUGUCACGAGUCACGCGUUGCCUGAUGAGCAGAGUGAUUCAUCACACACGCCAUGUUUUUACAUGUGUUCUCAGACACAGCAGAGACUGAAGGCAGACAUCGUAAUGCCUUCCAAGGAAUGUGAUUACCGACUGUUCGUAAAAACAUGCCCAGUGAUUGGCCUUGUUCCCAGGACGCCUCAAGCCGAAGAGGAAGACAGAAUAUUAGAAAGUUACCUCAUGGGAAUGAAGAUCGAGGAAGGUCAAUUAACGCUGCCACCAGUUUCCGAGCGACCAGACGGGUUUGACCUGUUUUAUCAGCGGCGAAGUCGAAGAAGGAUUUACGAGUAUGAAAUGGAUGACGAAAAGUUUACCUUGCUUAUUUCCAAAUAUCAAGAGAAAACCGUGGAUGCCGCCGAAACUGAAGCGAGCGGUUUUGACGAAAUAGAUACAGAGACGGAUAUUCAUCUUCACUGUAAAGAAUGGGACCGAAUGCUUGAGGAAGAAAACUGGGAACCAGAGCAGAUUGUAGCCAAGUUACCUACUUUCUUACAGUUCAUGCGAUCAGUUCAGAGUAGUGUGGCACCAUAAAUUGCUGCCUGUGACAGGGUAUUGCAAGUGCAGACUGAACAUUUUAAAAUCAAAGAGUGGUUUUUCAAUCACUAUAGUAAAUCAAAUGUCUAGUGUAAAUAGCCGUGGGAACACUGGAGACUGUAUGUAGGUAAUAAAUCGAACACGAAAGACCGUGUUUGAGCACAUUUCCAAACACCGAGAAGAGAGUACAAAAUACAACGUGCAGCGGAGUAUUUUUGAUGAACUUGGAACUUUAUGAAAUGAACCAAAAAGCUGUUUCCAAAAAAGUAGUUUAAAUGACAAAAUUGAAGGUCUCAAGACAUUCAGAGACAGAUGCGAAGAAACCCGGUCCGACUUUCAACAUGGCUGCCGUGUUUACUAGCUAGCAGUGAGGUGUGACCUCAUAAAAUCUUCCUUCUCUUUAUGAGAAUGUUGCCUUCUGAAAACUAUUAGUUUAACUAUUAGUUACUUAGCUGACGAACAUUUGAUGGUUUGGAAGUUGACACGAGAAAAAUAAGACUGUUGGCUUUUAUAAUUUCUUAUAUAUAUCUAAUCAAGACUUCAGAGAGGGUUACUGUCUUCAAUAAAGUUGCUUAAAGUUUAUGUGAAUUUCGAAACUCUGGACCUCUCUAACUGAUAUCCAGCAACCCCCAUUAUUGACUAAGAUAAAGAGUUUGCAAACAGAUGGCACUUCAUGGAGUUAAUAAAUUAUUAAGAAA